UAGAAGGAUCUGGAUAUUUUGAAAAUUUGAAUAUUGUCCCGUGUCUCUCUCUCUCUCUUUGAUUCUUCCGUCCUCUCUUUAUAAUACCUCUCUCUCUCUCUCGUCUUCGCUUAUCUCUCUCCCUGACGGAGACGACGGACCAAAAAAACAAAUCUUAGCUCAAUACCAUCACUAUCGGCACUCGUAACCGUCGUUUUCGCUUCUGGUCAGAUCCGGUUUAGUGACUCUCUUCUCUUCAUCCAGAUCUCUUAACUCUGAUCUCGAUUCACGAGGAGCUUUCGCAAGUCGAGAUGGAAGCGAUCGACGAGUUGUCUCAGCUCUCAGACUCGAUCAAACAGGCGGCGUCUCUUCUCGCCGACGAAGAUCCCGAUGAGUCCUCUUCUUCUCGUCGCCCAGCCACUUUCCUUAACGUCGUAGCCCUAGGCAAUGUGGGAGCUGGAAAGUCUGCGGUGCUAAACAGUCUAAUCGGGCAUCCUAUUCUGCCUACGGGUGAGAACGGUGCUACACGAGCUCCUAUAAUAGUUGACUUGAGCAGGGAGACUUCUUUGAGUAGCAACGCAAUUAUUUUGCAAAUCGACAAUAAAUCUCAACAAGUUUCAGCAACUGCUCUGAGACGUAAUCUUCAAGAUAGACUUAGUAAAGGAGCCUCAGGGAGGGAUCGUGACGACAUAUACUUAAAACUUCGUACCAGCACAGCUCCACCACUGAAAUUAAUUGACCUGCCUGGACUGGACCAGAGAAUUGUGGAUGAUUCAAUGAUUGAUGAUUAUGCGCAACGCAAUGAUGCCAUACUGCUGGUUAUAGUCCCUGCUAGCCAGGCAUCUGAAAUUUCAUCAUCUCGAGCCCUGAAGAUUGCGAAGGAGCAUGAUCCAGAGAGCACUAGGACAGUAGGCGUUAUUGGGAAAAUUGACCAGGCUGCAGGAAACUCGAAAGCCCUUGCAGCUGUUCAGGCUCUUCUCUCAAAUCAAGGACCGCCAAAAACAACUGACAUCCCUUGGGUUGCUCUUAUUGGCCAAACCGUUUCAAUUGCAUCAGCACAGUCUGGAAGUGGUGAGAACUCCUUAGAAACCGCAUGGCGUGCUGAGAGUCAAAGUCUGAGUGAAACUUUGACUGGGGCUCCACAAAGUAAGCUUGGCAGAAAUGCCUUGGUAGACACCCUUGCUAGCCAGAUACGUAGCAGAAUGAAGCUCAGGCUUCCAAAUAUCUUGUCUGGACUCCAGGGUAAGUCUCAAAUGGUGCAGGAUGAGCUAGCGAGGCUUGGAGAACAACUAGUUAACAGUGCUGAAGGUACAAGGGCUAUAGCUUUGGAGCUUUGCCGUGAGUUUGAGGAAAAAUUUCUUCUUCACUUGGCUGGUGGUGAAGGAAGUGGUUGGAAAGUUGUUGCAAGUUUUGAAGGAAAUUUCCCCAACCGAAUCAAGCAGCUUCCAUUGGACAGACAUUUUGACUUGAACAAUGUUAAAAGGGUUGUUUUGGAAGCAGAUGGUUAUCAACCUUAUCUUAUAUCUCCAGAGAAAGGGCUGAGGUCGUUGAUAAAGAUUGUUCUUGAGAUGGCUAAAGAUCCCGCGCGUCUUUGUGUUGAUGAGGUCCACCGAGUUCUUGUGGACAUAGUUUCAGCCUCUGCAAAUGCUACACCUGGACUUGGUAGAUAUCCUCCUUUCAAGCGAGAGGUUGUAGCUAUAGCAAGUGCAGCACUUGAUGGUUUCAAGAAUGAAGCCAAGAAAAUGGUCGUUGCACUAGUUGAUAUGGAACGCGCUUUUGUACCACCUCAACAUUUUAUCCGUCUUGUGCAAAGGAGAAUGGAAAGACAACGUCGCGAGGACGAGCUUAAGGGUCGAUCUUCUAAGAAGGGACAAGAUGCUGAGCAGUCCCUUUUAAGCAGGGUCCGUUUUUCAUUCCAAGCUUCUAGUCCUCAGCCAGAUGGGCCCAUAGCUGGUGGUAGCAUGAAGUCAAUGAAAGACAAACCUAGUCCGCAAGAUAAAGAGACGCCGGAGGUCUCUGGUCUGAAAACUGCUGGACCUGAGGGAGAGAUAACAGCAGGAUACUUGAUGAAGAAAAGUGCUAAAACAAAUGGAUGGAGUAGGCGAUGGUUUGUUCUAAAUGAGAAAACUGGAAAGCUGGGCUAUACCAAAAAGCAAGAAGAAAGAAACUUCCGGGGCACUAUCACUUUGGAGGAAUGCACUAUUGAAGAAAUACCCGAGGAAGAAGUAGAAAAAUCGAAGAGUUCGAAGGACAAGAAGGCAAACGGACCUGAUUCAAAAGGACCGGGUCUUGUAUUUAAGUUAACCUGCAAGGUUCCCUACAAGACUGUAUUAAAAGCUCACAAUGCUCUUGUGCUUAAAGCUGAGAGUGUAGUCGAUAAGAAUGAAUGGAUUAAUAAGUUGCAAAAAGUCAUCCAGGCUCGAGGAGGCCAAGUAGGCAAUGUUUCCAUGAGACAAAGUUUUUCAGAUGGUUCACUUGAUAAGAUGGCUAGGAAACCCGUCGAUCCAGAAGAGGAACUCCGGUGGAUGUCCCAAGAAGUACGGGGUUACGUUGAAGCUGUCCUUAACAGCCUUGCGGCCAAUGUUCCAAAGGCUGUUGUUCUCUGUCAAGUGGAGAAAUCAAAAGAAGACAUGCUGAAUCAACUAUACAGUUCCAUCAGUGCAAUAGGCAAUGAGAGGAUUGAGUCACUGAUUCAAGAGGAUCAAAACGUCAAAAGAAAAAGAGAGCGGUACCAGAAACAAUCUUCUCUUCUUUCUACGCUCACGAGGCAACUUAGCAUUCAUGACAACCGAGCGGCUGCUGCUUCAAGUUGGUCUGACAACGGUGCAACUGAAAGUAGCCCAAGAACCAGUGGGGGUUCUUCAGGGGAUGACUGGAUGAAUGCCUUCAACUCAGCUGCUAAUGGAGCGUCGGAUUCAUUGUCAAGGUACGGAUCGGGUGGGCACAGCCGCCGCUACAGCGAUCCUGCUCAGAACGGGGAUGCAUCAUCGUCAGGCUCUGGUAGCAACCGCCGCAGUACCCCGAACCGGCUGCCACCAGCACCACCUCAGAGUGGUUCAUCUUACCGGUAUUAGAAGUUUAGAACCUGAAAGAAAAGAAAAAACAGGAGACGGAGGGUUUUGUAGAAUUUUUGUUUUACUACAAAUUAAUUACAAAAAUUCUUACAAAUCCAAGUUUAUUGGAUAUAUAUCAUUUGUAGAAAUUUCUAUCAAAUCUUCUUUUAUUUAAAAUUUUUAGAUUUCGUCA